CUUAGUUACUGAGUUUUUAUGAUAAUAUAAAGUUACAUAGCGGACCUUAUUAUAAAUGCAAGGAAACAAAAAAUGAGUUUAUCAUAAAUAAUUGUUUCAAAAUGUGACAUGAUAUUGCCCUAAGCAAGUUAUACGGACAAAAAUAUAGUUAAGAUAUCUUUACAUUGUAAACUAAAUUAUUUUUGAAUUAAAGGAUAUUUAAACUGAGAUAAGACCGCAUAUCAAAUAUGUUUGUUUUGUUACGGGAGAGUUUUGAAGCUUAACAAUUGGUGUUAGAGACAGAUGUUAACUUUAUUAGCUCUGGUGGCUCCGAUGUCAUGUAACUAAACAAUCGUGUAUGUCCGUUCACGUAAUCAUAUAACGAGUCAUGCAAAGUGAGCUUUUCUUAAAAAUAUACCGGAAAAAGCACCGCACUUCUAAUCACAACAUAUCAAAAAGUGCCAAUGGAUUUACGAAUAUGCAUGAUUUGGAUAUGUAUCAACGCAUGGAGUUUUGUAAACAGUCUCAAAGAGGAAACAGGUAUAGAUAUAGGUUACAGUUGUACUCAUGAUGCUGAAUGUACGACAGGGAAUGGUGGAGAAUACUCAAAAUGCAACAAAGAUCUGAACAUUUGUAUAUGUACAAUUAAUCAUCUAGGUGAAGAUAAAUGUCUUACAGACAGCGAUCAGUAUGUGAAUGUUUGCAGACAACAAACACUGUAUACGAAACCGGAAAUGUGCACCAUAGAAUGUUCGCCAAAAGGUACAAAAAUAUGGAAGAAAAACGAAGACUGGUUUGGGGAAAUAACAGUCAAGUUUGCGUCAUUAAUUCUUGAUAAAAAGACAAGUGUUUGUUACGACCCACGAAGAGCUUUAGACAGUGUUCCAGAUGAAUUUGAAAUAAGAGAAUCUACAAUACCAAAUGCAGGGUCAGGAAUUUUUACAAAAACUUACAUCGAGCAGGACACAAUGUUUGGUCCUUAUAAAGGUGCUUUUGAUCCAGACACUGAUAGUGCCUCGGAGUCAGGAUAUAGUUGGAAAAUAGCAUAUCGUCAAGGUGAAGGGCGACGGGAUGUGGAAUGGGUGGAUGCCAAAGACAUUUAUCUGUCUAACUGGUUGAGAUACAGCAAUUCACCUAUAUCACCAGAAGCAGAAAAUAUCAUAGCCUUGCAAUAUCAGGGUGAAAUGUAUUAUAUGGCAUUUAAGUCCAUCCAGCCAGGGACAGAACUACUUGUAUGGUAUGGUGACGAGUACGGUGACUUCCUUGAAAUUGAGAAGUACGAAUCUCCCAAUUACUAUCAUGCAAACGCGGGUUAUGCCGGCGGAUGGUGUGAGGAAGAGGAAGAAAGCUUGCCAUGUAUGAAUGACAAAAAUACUUUUUGCGCCGAUAAUAUAUGCUUGUGUGUACCAGGAUCUCAUUUAAGAGCAGGAAGAUGUGCUUUAGAUGAAACCCUUGAUGGAAUAUGUGUCGGAGUUGAUGGCAGCACGUGUAAAAAGGACAGAAAUGCUGAAUGUCAGAGAGGUGUUUGUGUGUGUAAAAAUAACACAACUCCAGCUGACGGAGUUUGCAGAUCCGAUGAAAUGUAUGGCGGGCGAUGUGCAGCCAAGAGCGGUCAGCCAUGUUUAAAAGGAAAUAACACAGAGUGUGUGCGUGGCUUUUGCAGGUGUAUCUACGGUGCUAGCGCUAUAGGAAAUGUAUGUGUAUUAGAUGAAACAUACCAUGGAAGAUGUUCCGGGGAUCAUGGUGACACGUGUGAUCUUGAUGACAAUGCUGAGUGCUGGAAUAAACUAUGUAUAUGUAAAAAUAAUGCUAGUGUUAUAAAUGGAAAAUGCGAAAUUGAUGAAACUCUAGGUGGUAAAUGUUUUUCUGAAGAUGGUAUUUCAUGCAAUGACGACAAGCUCGCAGUGUGCAUGAAGGGAGUGUGUGUUUGCAAGAACGGCACUACUAAUGUUGAUGGAGAAUGUAUUACGGACGGGUCUUUCCAAGGUCAAUGCAUAGAAGGGAACUGCAGUGAUAAGAAUCUUGUAUGCGAAUCUAACAUUUGUGUGUGAAGUAAUACUAUGUACAAGGGUUGAGAUGAUACUAUUUAAGAAUGGCAAUUUUAAAUUUGAAAAUGUGCAAUAACAAGAAUAAUCUCUUUUGUCUCAGACUUUUUCCACUUACAUAUCAGAUUCAAUCAAUAAAAAAAUAAUGUUCAUUGCAACAAUGGAAGCAAGUGGAAUUCAUCUAACAGUGUCACAAUCUUUGACAUUGAGACAAAUGUUUGAUAUACAAACUUUAUCAGGAAAAAUAUUCAUAUCACUUGAAUCAAAAUUAUUCACUUUGAUAUGUAUUUUAUUUUGCAUUUUUGUUUUAUUUAUUUUCUCCAUUACUUAUACUUAUAUGAUGCGGAGUUUCUCGACAUUAAUGAAAAAAAAUCAUUCAUUUUCAACUGGAAUAUACGGGCAAUAUUUAGUCAUAAUUAUUUCACAUAAUAACCUAAACUGUUUACAUUUUUGACAUCCAUGACAAAAAUUAUAAAAUGUAUAACAUAAUCAGUAAAUAUUGUGCAAUUGUAUGUGAUCUUAUUUUACGUGUUUCUUUCAAUAAACAAAUAUGAUAAUUUACACUUUGUUUUAUUUCGAACUUAGACCAUCUUUAUAGCCCGUUGAAAUCCUUUCGGCGGCCACCACCUUUUCAAGCAUUUUCAUAGAGACCCCCUACCUCAAAGUGUCGCCUCUCAGUCCGUAUAGGCAGUUACUGGUGAUGUUUCAACCCUAUGACAUUCUGAUUUAGUGGUGUGUGACAUAAAAGCGCGCGUCAGAGCACGCGAUUUCAGGACGUGACGACAUGCGCAGGCUGUUAUGGUGAUGUAUGCGCGGCUAACUUAAAAAAAAAAAAAAAAAAAAAAAAGAAA